GUAAAUCUUUACUUUUCUCUUUUUCAAUGCGCAGCCUAGCUUCGUUCCACCAUGCCAACAUUUCCCACGUCGUGAGAACCACCACUUUGAAGAUCCGACUAUAGCUUUGCCUUUUGGAUUCUGGCCUUUGCGUCCAUUUCACAGUCAUUAUAUUAUGGCUUUGUGGAAGUUAUCUCUCACCUGGGUCUUCUCCUGGAUUCUCGUUCUAGGAGCUUUGGGUUACGUUGCAGCUAAAUUAAUUAUCCGUCUCUUAGCUGUCUCCCAGAAUACUCCGGUUCCCAAAUGGCGAUUAAACCAGUCUCCUAUCCACCUCCUUGUCGUCCUCGGGAGUGGCGGGCAUACAGCCGAGAUGUUCUCAAUGUUACGGCGAAUGCAGCUUGAUCCGUCCAAAUAUACUUAUCGAACAUACGUUUUAAGCUCGGGAGACAAUUUCAGCGCCGCAAAAGCAGUAGAAUUCGAAACAGCUCUCCUCAAACAGAGAAAGUUGAAGCCGUCUACCGACGGUCAAACUACAGAGUCAGAGUCAGGAGGAGCUUACACAAUUGUCACCGUCCCACGCGCGCGCCGUGUACACCAAUCUUACUUCACAUCUCCAUUUACGACUCUCCAGUCCUUCUGGUCCUGUCUACUUGUUCUCCGUGGCCUCCAUCCGGACCAACAAGCAGCAUCCUCGAAGCUACCUUCUCCUUACCCUGAUCUCAUCCUCACCAAUGGUCCAGCCACAGCUGUCUGCGUCGUCUUGGCUGCUCGAAUUCUCCGGUUAUAUCAGUCAUGCGUGAUGGCUCUAUUUCCCAGCAAAGUGUACCCCCAUGCAAGAUCCCUAGCUGAUCCCAGGUCGGGACGAAACGCUCCGUUAUCAGGCGACUUGCGGCUGCGUACGAUUUUUGUAGAAUCCUGGGCACGGGUAACGACUCUGAGUCUAUCUGGGAAAUUGCUGUUGCCUCUUGUCGACCGAUUUCUUGUUCAGUGGCCCGCUCUCGAAGGAAAAAGAGCCUGGAGGGGAAUGAGGAAGACCGAGUACGUUGGCACGCUUAUGGACUGACCCGAAUUGUUCCAUGUAAGAUAGACCCUGCGAAAAUCAUAAGCAAGGAAUUG